AUGACGCGCAUCCGCAUCCGCAUCCGCAUCGCGAACCCUGAGCGAGUGAGCAAGCUUGACAGCCGUGACAGCCUCACCGCAGCUUUUAGAUAUCUCUCAGCACGACUGCAAUAUUUGAUGCCUGGCGUGAAGGGUUCGCGCACGGUAUUCCUGGUUGAGCUGCUCAUAUGCGGCAUCCUCACCAUCUUCUUCCUCUUCUACUUCAACCGCCUGUUCGCAACCCUCGUGUCGUACGGUAUACGCGCAUAUACCUGGCGCACCUUCAACGCCUACAUCGACAUCACUUCGCUGCAAAUAUCCCUGCUCGGCGGCCGCAUUUUCUUCAAGGACCUGCGCUAUCACGGCCACAACGAGACGAUACUGGUGCACGGUGGGCACAUCACCUGGAAUUACUGGCUGAGACGAGUGAGAGAUGCCGGCGUCUAUAGCGAUCAGGAGCCUUCCGAGGGCGAGAGUAGCGAGGCGCCUAGUUCUCCGACCAGCCGGCCUGGCAGCCGCAGCAGGAACGUGGAUAAGGCGGAAAAAGGAGGCAAAUCGACGCCCAAGCAGUUGCCAUGUCGCAUAUCAGUCAAGGUGUCCGGGGUGGAAGCCUUCAUGUACAAUCGCAGCCCGGCCUACGACGGCAUUAUCGAAGCAGUAAAACGCAAGACAGGCGCCGGCAAUGACAAAGAGGAGGCCACCGAUGGUUCAGUCACCGACUCCGGGACCCUCCACAAGGACGACGAGCAUCGCCACAACAAGCUGAGGAAGUCCCAAGUCCAAGACGAAAAGGAUGUUCCACGCGCCAACACCAAUCGGUCAACGGCCUCGAUGCCAAAGAAAGCCGAUUUGCCCGCCUUCCUGAGGCUACUUCCGAUUCAUGUCGAGGCAAACAAGGGCGCAAUCGUCGUCGGCAAUGAAAACACACUCGCUGUGAUUACUGCGCAAUUCGAGAAGGCAACAGGCACCCUUGAUGCAGGGCCGAGCGGACCCCUGGAUAUUUAUCAGCAGCUGUUCAACUUUCAGGUUACGCAUCCUGUUGUCCAUAUGAAACCGAACGCGGAUUACAAGACAAGCCAACUAGAUACAGCAGCGCAUAUCAAGGAAGAUGCAGUAUAUGAAGCCGCAGGUACAAGCGCCGCUGAGAAAGCUCGAGCACGUAAGCGACAUAGGCGCUGGCUGUCGUCGCUCCCUUCUUUGUCCGGACUUUUCACCAAGUCUUCAGAUUCCAUACACACCCACACCAAGUCUGGCAAAGAUAAGAGUCAUGGUGGCUUUGCUGCGCAGUGGCAAAUACCGGGUCAAGAGCGCUGGAAGGGCCUGGCACGAUAUCUCGAUGAUAGUGUAAACGAUGGUCAUGGCGAGUGGGAUGGCAUUGAAUACGCGAAGACCUCUUUGAUCGCGGACAUCCCCUGUGUGAAUUUGACCUUCUACUGGGACGUAGCUGGCCCAGUCCCAGAUCAGAUGGACAACAGCCUGAACAUUGACCCUGCCCGCCCCAACGACAUUAAUGGGAGCAUCCCUCCGGACUAUGGAAUGGAUAUCCAGGUCUUUGGGGGCACUAUCAACUACGGGCCUUGGGCAGAUCGUCACCGGGGCAUUUUCCAGAACAUAUUUUUCCCCGGUUCCCAUGUCGAUGCGGUCGUCACUCCACUACUCAAGACAGGCGAAAGCCGUGUACUAUCAGUUUUCAAGCUUUUCCUAAGCAUUGAAAAGGAUACUGUGCUUCGUAUUCCUAUUCGCGAACCAUCAAAAGACUGGAAAUGGAAAGGCAAAGCGCAUACCCUAGCUGCGCACGACAAGUCCGGCGCCGACAAGUCAAAGGGCAAGACAAAAGCACGCAGAAGAAGAGAAAAGCACCGGGACAACGCAGCUGCGCAGAAUGUGCGUCCAUUUGCAUGGAUAGAUGUCAAGGUAUCCGAUAAUUCGUCUGUCAAUUAUGUCAUGGACAUGUACGCUUCCGAGAAAGGUUUCCAGAACAAGCUGGAUGUCGAUAUAGCCAAUACCGAGAUAUCGUCUAGUGUCAAUCACGGCUUGUUAUGGCGCUCGGGCUCCAUUACUCUCGACUGUGAUUUGUCUGCUCCUGUUGCGUGGAACACUUUACGACAAUGGAUGUUCAACGUCAAAUGCAAAGACCUCGAGCUGUUCUUGUUACGAGAUCAUCUGUUUCUCAUGACCGAUCUUGUCGCCGACUGGGGAUCCGGUCCGCCACCCGAAUACUUCCUAUUCGUACCUUUCAAGUACCUCCUCAACGUGGACUUCACAAACUUGAAGCUGUACCUCAACACAAAUGACUCCAACAUCGUUAACAAUCCAGCCGAUCUCGAAGACAACAACUUUGUCAUCUUGUCUGGUGAGCGACUUCAUGGUGAUGUAGGCAUACCACUGGAUAAAUAUCGGCCACUUCAAAAUGAAAUCACCUUUGAUGUUAAGGGACACAACAUGGCUCUAGAGGUCCUUAUGCCACCAAAGAACACGCUCAAAACUUUCGUCCAUUCACCAAAUGUGGCUCAGCUUGGCGGGAUGACCUUGACUGGAAGCCAUACGCUCAUGACAGAAACCUCCCCAAUGAAUACUGAUCGGUUGUUCAUGGACAUUCAGGGCCAUCGCCUGAAUCUCGAAUUAUAUGGAUGGCUGGUGCACCACUUUAUGAAGAUCAAGGACAACUACUUCGGAGACGACCUGCACUUCAAAACGCUGGAGGAAUUCCAAGGCCUUCCGAGUGUGAGUGUUGCAGCAGAUGGUUCUGAGCCAAACGGAGAACACUCCAAGUUGACGAAUGAUCUUGAUGUGAUUCUUUGCGUUUCUGCCGACGAAGUUAGCGUCCUUUUGCCGGCCAAUCUGUACUCGGCUGAGCGCAGCAUUCGAGCUGAUCUGCCCUAUGCAUCUGCAGAUUUGAGGUUCACUAAUUACUACAUGGAUCUGAUGGUCAACUUCAGUCCCAUUAACAUUGCACUAGGAGGAUCUGUUUCCAGCCUGGAGGCUUCGAAGGAGUUCACUGGAAGCCGGACCGAGCUCUUUUUAGAUUCUACAGUCAUCUUCGGACAUCGUUUAUUCGGCCUUCCUCCAACAGAACCGACUUAUGUUUGCAGUUGGGAUUUCGACGUCGGCAAGAUAUCUGGCGAAUGUACGUCAGAGUUCAUUGAGACUGCAGCUGGCGCCGCUCGCUCAUUUGCUUUCACAUUCGAAGACGAUGAGAAUUCUCUCCCUUUGACAGAGAUUGAGAUCAUCCAUGAUGUCACAUAUCUCAGGCUGAGAACUCAUGAUAUUCACGUCUGGAUGCAUGUCGCUCAAGAAGCCUUGCUUAUAAGGACGGAUGCCAUAUCGCUCGACUUCAACGAUCUAGCGGGACAAACGUUCUCUGAGCGUCUCAGUGCGUGCGUACCGAAUCUGACCAUCGCUGGUAUCAACGCGAGUUCUGCGUCGCGCCUCAGGACGCGGAGCAGCGAGAAGUCAGCAAUCGAAACACACGCUUUUCUGCAGACAACUUUGUCAGUAAACAUGCUGACACGCAAGCUCGACUUCUCCGAAGAACGCAACAAGCAUGAUGGGGUCACCUUCAACGACGUUUCUACCAAGCACUUGGACGAAUCCUUCACACAUACCAGUCUAUUGAUCAGCGCAGAACCGGGCAUUCGUGUGUUUUGCACACCUGAAUUUGUCAACUGCAUUUCGAGUCUGAUUGAGCUCAUUCAACCUCAACGUCCAGAAGACUUAUUAGAUGAUUUCCAGAUCAAGGUCAUGACAAGAAUACUCGAGAACCGGAACAGAUUAGAGGGUAAAGGUAGCUCACUCGAGUUCAACGUCAGGAUACCUUUUACUCAUAUCCGAUUUCAACACGGAUUUGAGUCACCAUCAAUUGGAGGCAAAGACCAAUAUGAUAUCAUCCUCAAUAGGUGGCGUGCAUCUGCCCGUAUCAAGAAGCACCCUGGAAACCGAGCUGAACGUAGUUCCCAAAGUACCAACCAGGAUGUGGCCAUCCAAGCCGAGAUCAGUGAUGUUCUUGUCUGGAUGUUACAGAACAAAGCAACAUCGAUCAACAUUUCCUUUCGAUCAUUUGAGACGGCGGCUGCAAGCAAGAAAGUUGACUAUCUCGCCUCGCUCAUUCACCGAACCACCAUCCUUGGAGACGAUCUCGUCACCCGGUUUGCGCAAGCCGAUCACCGACAGCAGUGCCGACUACGCUACCUGGCAUGGUACCUGACCAGCGUGCAGGAUCAAUACGCUGAUCCAGACUUCCUCAUAAAGGCAUCGUACGCCCUGCGUGCAGCGAGAGACCAUUUGCGAAGUCACGAUUCAUGGAAGAUCAUAUCUCGUUUCCGCUAUACGUGGCAGUGCCUUCCGGAGGCUGACAAGGACUCGCUCCUAGAAAAAUGCACUCAGGAUGUAAUUGGGUGUCCAGAAGACGCUGAAGAAAAGAUCAUCGGCAUGUGGGAUCAGUGGCGCACCUGGGAUCUGGCUCAUGUGGAGAAAAGUCUCGCAAUGAGAUUGCUAUUUGAUCGUCUGGAGGACCGUCUGCCGACGCCUGAUUCUGCACCUCUACAUCUCGACCUCAAAUCCGCAAUGAUCAAGGUCGUUGUCGACCCUGGACCACGACAGAGUGAAGUAGCAUUACGCAUGUUAGCUAUCAAUGUUGCACUGCUACCACCCACAGAUCCAUCUGGACUCAUGCUAGUUGAGACAGAUAGUCCCAGGAGGUCUAUACUUAUCCAAGCUAACUCGCGAGAGGCUACCAUCCACGUCCAGUGGGAGAUAUGUGAACUCGCCGAGGCAUUGUUGGAACUGUUCCACAAAGAAGACUUGUCGACCAAGAAGGCAAUCCCAUCUAAACCAUCAAAUCUUGCCCAAAGCAUUGUUCGUGUGAUCGACCAAGACAUCCAGGCUAUAUUCGUAGCCGAAAAAGCGCAAAUCAUUUUGGAUACCAUCAACCUCCGAAGCAUCACUACUGGCCGCCAUAUGAGAUUCGCCUUUACGGACGAGGACCGGAAGGGCUCUGGUCAGGGUGAAAUCCUGAGUGCACACGUUCACAUGGAAGAUGCUGUGAGUGAGCUUGUCUGUCGGGGUCGCUCGUUGGCGAAAACACAGUUCGAAGAACCGAGCUUGUCCGUCGCACUCGUUGAACACGAGAAGGACAGUUCGAUUCCCAACGAAAUCAAAGCCGCCGCUGCAAGUCGCAUGAUCAACGUCAAGGUCAACGAGGACGUGCUUGGCUUCAUCGAGGCAGCCGACUCAGUGCUCAGAGACGAGGUUGCUUACUUUAUCCGGCAAUCAGAGGCUAUCAAGAAGAUGACAAGCCAAAAGGAAGCGGAUGUGAAACCGGCGACCAGUCCAUCGCAACUACCGAACAUUACACUCGCUCUGUUCAUGGACGCGUAUCUUGUCGAGCUUGCGCUACUUCAACCAUUGGGCUGGUCAAUCUCCGGGUCAUCUGGACGUAUAGCAGUGGUACCUGCUCUUGGAAAGAACGUUACCCUACAAGUCGAUUAUGAUCUUGAGGCGAGCUAUCAUAGGAUGUAUAGCACGUCUAUGGAUGGGUCCAAUGUGAUCAGCACCAUCAAACUGCCACCUGUCAACGGACGUUUAGCAGUUACCCAAACAGAGCAAGAAACACGUAUUUUUGCCUCCGGCAUCAUCGAGACUGUUCAACUUCAGGCUUCUGAGCUCCAGGCUCUCGCAAGUACUAUCAACAAACCGGAAUUUUCGCACAUGGUUCAAGCUGUCCAAGACGAUGUAGGGGUCUUGAAAACCCACAUCGAGGAGAUCUUCCCGACUGCCACUGAGUUGCCCGUUCUUGAUGCUCCCAGUCCAUCGCGGGAAAUCCUAUUCGGUGUCCAGAUGACUUUGUCUGGGGUACACAUCGUGGCAAGUGCGCCAGGCCGGAUGCUCGACUCACCAACUGCUAAUCUCACUUUGCGGCUGUCAUCCGUUCAGCUCAAGGCAACCAACAUUGAUCCAGACGACGGGAUUAUGUUGUACUCGGAAGCGACGGUACGCUUGAAUGAAGUCAGUGUAGCCCUAGUAUUAACUGAUUCGCAAUCAACACGGCGCUGUGGAAAUCUCACGUUCGGUGCAAUCUUCCAAGCGACUACCGAGAAAGACUCUGAGCCCAUCCGUAGACUGUAUCGGGUGCACAGUACGGGCUUGGAGGUCAAUAUAUUUGCAGACACUGCAUCGGCGGUGGUGGAUGUCAUGAACCAUCUGCAAGACAAGAUCAAGGACUUGGAUCUGUCGAAAGAGAAGAAGUAUCUGCGACGGCUUCGACACACGAAGAGUAGAGUGUCACACAGACGAGCCAAGAGCGUCAAGAGCGAGGCAGACGUUGACGCCGACGAAGAUAGUGUCGACUCGGGUGCCCUCUUUACGUCCACCUAUUCACUGGAGCUGCUCGACUUGCAGAUCAGCUGGAUCGUCGGAAACUCCAUCGCACCGUUCCCACGAAACGAGAACGAAGAUCUCGUUCUAUCCUUCAGAAAGAUCGGCCUGUCAACCCACAGAGAUGAUGCGGCACGUUUGCUCAUCGAGAACAUGCAGCUGCAGAUGGUGCCCAUCUCAGCCAGCAAAAAGAAGCGGUCGCUGAACUCUGCCUUGCUUCCCAUGAUGGUGUUCAACGUGGCUUACGCUUCGACGAAGGAGACCCGAAAUGUCGCGUUCCAGGCAGCCGGAAAAUCACUGGAUCUCCAGCUGGACUCUCACUUCAUUAUCCCGGCGAACAUUAUCGAAAGAUCGAUCGCUCUAGCUGGCCAAAAGUUCCGCAAAGCAUCUGCCAACUGGAAAAUGACACCCACCACGACUGGUGCUCAGCGGAAGAAUCCAUUUGGCAACAAGCGGUUUGCCUCUGUGACAGUUGACGCCAAUUUUGCUGGUGCUGUCGUGCACAUCAAUGGAGGAGACAGCUCGCCCACACAGAGCUCCUCCAGUCGAGCGCAGCAGAAAGGAAGAUACAGUCAAUUCGUUGGCGAUGGUACUGCGAGUAGUUUGGCUUUGCGCGCCCCUGGUGUCGCGAUUCGCAUCGAGUAUCAAGACGAUGGACGUGAUCCUUCUUUGACUGCCGAGGUGCGUGUGGAUGGAUCGAGCAACACCUUAUUACCGACUGUAGUGCCUAUCAUGAUAGAUAUAUCAGAGAGUAUCAAGGCAGUCGUGCGUGAGAAGGACGAAGCAGAUUCCCCAGCUUCGUCAGACCAGUCAACAACACAGGCCAAGUCGGUAAUCAAAUCUGUCGAAGAAGAUAGCAACAUCAUGGCUGCAGAUCCAUCGGCUAUACUCGGUCGCACAAGUCUCAACCUUGGUCUCCGAAUCUGCAAGCAAGAGUUUAGCUUGAGCUGCCAGCCUAUCGCACGUGUGACGGCUAUUGCUAAGCUUGAGGACAUCUAUGUCACGGCAAACAGUGUCAAGUCUCAGGAACAUGGUCACUUCUUCGCUGCUUCUGCUGCGUUCGAGAAGCUUCAGGUCACGGUUCAGCAUGUGUAUUCGCGUGAAUCGACUUUCGGACUGGACGUGGAAUCAAUCGUGCUGUCGCUAAUGAACAGCAAGCAUCUCAGCGGCACCAGUGGUAUUUCAACCAUACUGAAAAUCAACCCCACGACCAUGCAGAUCAACGCUCGACAAUUGCAAGACUUCCUGUUGUUCCGAGAGAUCUGGUACCCACCUGAAAUACGACAAUCGUCCAAGCCUCCUACAGAUGGCGCGGAUUCUGAACCGCAGGACUACCUCAUUCAACGUUACGAACAGGUGACAGCAGCAACCGCUUUCCCAUGGAAUGCCAAUGUAGCAAUUGCGGAUAUCAAGGUCGACUUGGACUUGGGCCAGGCCAUUGGGAGGUCCUCGCUGCACAUCAACAACAUGUGGGCGUCGUCGAAGAAGAACACAGAUUGGGAGCAGAAUCUUUGCAUUGGAGUGGAGAAGAUAGGAGUCGAAAGCACAGGCCGGACAAGUGGGUUCGUUGAACUGCACGGCAUCAAGGUUCGAACAUCAAUCAGCUGGCCAGAACAAGCACCAAAUACCCGCCGGACACCUUUGAUCCAGGCCUCGAUCGCAUUCCAGCAACUCCGCGUCAAAUCAGGUUUCGAUUAUCAAGCCUUCCUGAUGGCAGACAUUGCCGAUUUUGGUUUCCUGAUGUACAACGUUCGCCAAGAAGGGCUUAAUUCACAGGAUCGUCUGGUGGCCAUCCUUGACGGUGGAAAGGUCCACGUUUUCUGCCACGCUACGAGCGCCGCGCAAGGACUUGCACUGUACCAAGCGAUCGAAAGACUGGUGCAAGAGAAUCAACAAGCAUACAGACAAUCUCUCCGGGAUAUUGAGAAGUUCCUGCGCCGAAAGUCCUCUGCUGCAACACCCUUCACCCGUUCGCCAUCACAAAGUAUGAUUGCAGCCAAGGCAGACGAAGACUCCUUCAAAGCGCCAAUAUCACUCCACACCGACGUCGUCGUCACGCUGCGCUCUAUAAAAUUCGGCGUCUUCCCCUCCACCUUCAUCGACAGCCAAAUCCUCCUCCUCUCCGCCGGUGACAUGCAAGCCCGCUUCGCCGUCGCCCUUGACGACCGCAAAAUCCACUCCACGCUCGGCAUGACGCUUGGCCAGCUCAGCGUCGCUCUCUCCGCCAUCCCAACCCCCAAAACCAGCAAACCCGUCACCGACCUCACCGUCGCCGACGUCUCCAGCAGCGCCGCAUCCGCCCGCGGCGGCACCAUCCUGCGCGUUCCCAAAGUCGUCGCCACAAUGCACACCUGGCAAGUGCCCCGGUCCAACCACAUCGACUACCUGUUCAAAUCCUCCCUCGAGGGCAAAGUCGAUGUCGGCUGGAACUACUCCCGCAUCUCGUACAUCCGCACCAUGUGGUCCAACCACUCGCGCACCCUCGCCUCGCGCCUCGGCAAACCCUUGCCCGAAUCAAACAUCAAAAUCAGCACAUCCCAAACUCUGCCCGAGCGCGCGGAAGAAUCAACAUCCAGACCCAGAGCGCAAAGCGAUGCCGGCCAGGAGAAAAUCACGGCCGUGGUUAAUGUCCCCCAGAGCAAGUACGAGUAUACCCCUCUCGAGCCGCCGCUCAUUGAGACGCCGCAGCUCAGGGAUAUGGGCGAGGCGACGCCCCCGCUGGAGUGGAUUGGGUUGCAUAGGGAUCGCUUGCCCAAUGUAACGCAUCAGAUUGUUAUUGUGACGUUGUUGGAGGUGGCGAGGGAGGUGGAGGAUGCGUAUGGGAGGAUUUUGGGGAAUUCGUAG